CUUGCACCCUGAUAAUUCUCAUAAACACUUAACUCCCUGCAGACGGCUAACAAAGAAAUGGUACUCUGGUGUACCAUACUUUUGACAACAAAUAAAACUAUUUAAAAAUUAUUUUUUUUUAAUGAAAUAUGCUUCCCUAUGAAAUAUAAUGAAGAUAAAAUAGUUUGGUGCAAAAAAAAUUUGCAAAUUCUAUUUAUAUAUUAUUUCUCGUUCAUUAUAAAAACGUAAAUACGAGAACGAUGGCACAACGCCAUUUUGGAUUUUAGAAAGCCACACGCUUGUUGACGCUCGCUAAAACUAAGCCGAAAAUGGACUCAGAUUCGGAUUAUCAGCCUGAAACUGAUGUAGAUUCAAGUGAUGAUGAAGUCUGGGAACUCAUUGACUCUUCAGAUGAUUCAGAUGAUGAGAAUAUUCCACCCAACAGCACUCUGAAUGCGACACAGCCAAACGUAAACUAUGGCUAUGAUGUGCUGGACACUAUGCCAGAGGCCCCAGCAAGCUUUCUUCCAGAAAGGGUCCCUGGUAUACAGCUUGACCAAGUUAGGACACGAGACUCUGCUAAACAAUUUUUCAGAGCUAUUGACUUUUUUAAACUUUAUUUUACAAUGGAUAUUGUUUUGCAAAUCUGUCAGUACACCAACACCUAUGCAACUGAACAUGGACUGCAGAAACCAAGUGUGUUCCAGAGUUGGUAUAAACUAAGCCCUGACGAAUUCUACAGAUUCUGUGGACUUAUCAUGUAUGCUGGCAUUGUUCAGGUCCCCAACAUUGAGCGAUUCUGGUCAACCAAAUCUCUAUACAAUGGACUUUGGGCAAGAGCCUUUAUGUCACGUGACUGAUUCAAGGCAAUAAUGUGUUUUAUUAAAGUGUCAAAUCCACUUACAGAGGAUCCCAAUGAUAAACUCUGUAAAGUGAGAAUGUUAACGACAUACAUUAGAAUGAAAUGUAUAAAGCUUUACAAACCUCAUCAAAAUGUCUCUAUUGAUGAAAGAAUGGUUCGGAAAAAAGGUAAAUAUGCAUUUCGACAAUACAUUCGAGACAAGCCAACAAAGUGGGGCAUGAAACUGUGGAUCCUUGCUGAUUCUUUAAGUGGGUAUACCUAUGAUUUUGAUAUUUAUUUAGGAAAGCAGGAUAAUGGCCCUUUUGGAUUAGCUUGUGGGGUGGUGAUGAAGUUAACUAAAUCUAUAUCUAGGCAAGGGUAUAGGCUUUUUUUUGAUAACUUUUAUACUAGUGUCCAAUUAUUAAAAGAUCUUUGGUUUAUAGGGAUUGGAGCAUGUGGAACUGUUCUUAGGACCAGAAAAGGUUUUCCUAAUGCUAUAAAAGAUGUUAAAAAUUUUGAAAAAAAAUCUAAAAGGGGAGACAUGAGAUGGAUCAGGGAUGGACAGUUAUUGACAGUUCAGUGGAGAGACAAUAAGACCAUAUCAUUAAUGUCAACUAUUCAUGAUGCCAAUGACAGUGUAACAGCUAAACGACGGACUAAAACGAAUGGACAGUUUGAAAAUUUGACUGUGAAUCAACCAACUAUUGUACAUGACUAUAAUAAAUACAUGGGGGGUGUUGACAAAAGUGACCAGCUAAUUAAUAAAUAUAAUGUACUUCGUAAAACAAAUAAAUAUUGGAAGACUAUUUUUUUUCAUAUGUUAGAUAUAGCUAGGGUUAAUUCCUAUAUUCUUUUUCAAGACUGGAGGGACAAAAAUAAAGAUGUACCUGAGCUGAAAAGACCCACAAGAUAUGGCCAACUUAAUUUUACUGAAGAAUUAAUUAGAGAGUUAGGAGAUAUAGGUAUUGACGAUCCUGUACCAAUCGCGUCUAAGCCCUCUGUUCAUUUUAAGCAUGCAAUGGAUCCACAGUUUAUGGAUAAGAGAGGGAACUGUAAAUUAUGUUACAGUAAUGAAAAAAUAGUUAGAAGAACUAGUGUUAAAUGCAAGGUGUGUGAUGUGUUUGUAUGUUUUCAAAAAGAAAGAAACUGUUUGUCUCAGUACCACAAAUUACUAUAAAAUCCUGUUUUUUUGUUCUAUUUCUCACUGUACUAUAUAAUAAGAUGUGUAACUAACAAGUUUUACUCUAUUUCUGGAUAGUUUAUAAUAUAAUUUUGAUGUUUAAGUAAAUAAAAAAUAAUAAUUUUCUAACUAGUAAAUAAUCAUGUCGAUGUCAUCAUUUUUCUAGAAAAUGAUUAUUGUUUUCAAAAAUUUGUAAAAAAUUUAUUUGUCAAUGAAUUAACUUCAUUUUUGUCAGUUGUAUACAGAAUUGAAUGUAUUUUAAUAAAAUGUAAAUAUCAUUAUCAUAUAUUUAUUUAUUUAUUUUUUGUCUUCUUUGUGAAUGUGAAUUUAAAAAAAAAUUAAUUAUUGAAAAAAAAUUUAUGACAUAAUUAUUUCUUUAAAAAGAAAAAAUAUAUUUUAAAAUGAUUUCAAACAUAGAUAAAUUGAAAGAGCUUUCAAUUUCAAACAAAUUGAUGUAUAACACUCAAUAUAAAACUGUAAUUUAACAAAGUUAUGCCCUGCCAAGUAACAGACCCCCAGUCGCUGACAAAUUUCUAGAAAAACCUGCAGUCUGUUAAGAG